ACCAAGUUGAUCAGGUCUCCAUAAUUUAUUUCUAAAAAUAGUAAAUUGAAAAAAAAAAAAUUACCCACACCCGCGCGCAAUAAAAAAUCUGAGAGAGCAAGAAACUAGAUCUACCUACCCAGCCCCAGGCCCCAGCCUGCGAACCCUUUUCUAUCAUCAUUAAUUAUUCUUGGUGUUUUCUUUUGUAUUUUCCAAAUUCCCAUCUUUAGUAUUCUAAACAAGCUCCUCUCUCUGUUUACUCACUCUUGGCCCCCCUGAUGACCGUGCAAAUCUUGAUCCACUCCCCCUUUUAUCGCCACCCACGUUACAUUUCCAUUUUCUGAUGCUAUAAUCAUUUCAGGUUUUGAUACAGCACUAGUCUGAAAAUGGGAUCAUUUUUGUGACCUAUAAAGUCACAAAACCCAGACAGCCGGAGUGGGGGCUGGCUUUUACCAAGGAUAUUAGCCCAAGAUUUAAAAAAUAAAAUAAAGAUAAAAGCCAAUGAGGGGGAGAUCGGAUGGGGCGCAGAAAAAGCGCUUGUUGACUUCUAUGUUUGUUGUGGCUGUGUUUCUCAUCUUUCUGUAUGCCUACUUUGGCUCCAAAAAUGGUGGGGAAUCUGCUAUAGAGUAUGGAAGCCGAUCUUUGAGGAAACUUGGUUCUUCGUAUUUGGGUGGGGAUGAAGAUUCUGAUCUCGGUCACAACCAAGAUGAACCUUCAACCAAGUUAUCUCUGGAUGACGAGGAUGGUGUCACCCCAAAAAGCUUCCCGGUCUGUGACGAUCGGCAUUCAGAGCUGAUCCCAUGCCUAGACAGACAUCUUAUAUAUCAAAUGAGAUUGAAGUUGGACCUAUCUUUGAUGGAGCACUAUGAAAGACACUGUCCACCACCUGAAAGGCGAUUCAAUUGCUUAAUUCCGCCUCCAGAAGGAUAUAAGAUCCCAGUCAAGUGGCCUAAAAGCAGAGACGAGGUCUGGAAGGCAAACAUUCCUCACACUCACCUUGCACAUGAGAAGUCUGACCAGAACUGGAUGGUUGUCAAGGGCGACAAGAUUCAUUUUCCAGGAGGCGGGACCCACUUUCAUUACGGAGCGGACAAGUACAUUGCUUCUAUUGCGAAUAUGCUCAACUUCUCGAACAACAACCUGAACAACGAAGGCCGUCUCCGAACAGUGUUUGAUGUUGGGUGCGGAGUUGCCAGCUUCGGUGGCUACCUUCUUUCAUCUAACAUUGUGGCCAUGUCGCUAGCCCCUAACGACGUUCACCAGAACCAAAUCCAGUUCGCACUCGAGCGAGGAAUCCCUGCCUACCUUGGGGUCUUGGGCACUAAGCGACUACCCUACCCCAGCAGGUCAUUCGAGCUGGCCCACUGCUCCCGCUGCAGGAUAGACUGGCUCCAGAGGGACGGUAUCCUUCUUAUGGAGCUCGACCGGCUUCUGAGGCCGGGUGGCUACUUUGCGUAUUCUUCCCCCGAAGCAUAUGCACAGGAUGAGGAGGAUCUCAGGAUAUGGAGGGAAAUGAGUGGACUUGUCGAGCACAUGUGCUGGAGGAUUGCUGCUAAGAGGAAUCAAACUGUGAUAUGGCAGAAGCCACUCACUAAUGACUGUUAUCUGGGGAGAGAGGCUGGGGCUCAGCCGCCUAUGUGUCGACCGGAUGACGAUCCAGAUGCUGUCUGGGGGGUGCAGAUGGAGGCUUGCAUUACACCUUAUUCUGAACGCAGUGGACUUGCACCAUGGCCCGAGCGUUUAACUUCGCCUCCCCCACGUCUUGCUGAUUUUGGCUAUUCGAGUGAAAUGUUCGAGAAAGACACGGAACUAUGGAGGCAGAGGGUUGAUCAUUACUGGAAUCUCUUGAGUCCGAAGAUUAGGCCUGACACCAUAAGGAACGUAAUGGAUAUGAAGGCGCAUUUGGGAUCGUUUGCUGCUGCUUUGAAAGACAAGGACGUGUGGGUGAUGAAUGUUGUGCCUGAAGAUGGGCCCAAGACGCUUAAGAUCGUUUACGACAGAGGCUUGAUUGGCUCUGUUCAUAACUGGUGUGAAGCCUACUCGACAUACCCGAGGACUUACGAUUUGCUGCAUGCGUGGACUGUGUUUGCCGAUAUCGAGAGAAAGGGUUGUGGUGGUGAGGAUUUACUUUUAGAGAUGGACCGUAUUCUGAGGCCGACAGGUUUUAUUAUCAUCCGGGACAAACGGCCGGUUAUCGAUUUCGUGAAGAAAUAUUUGCCGGCAUUGCACUGGGAAGCUGUGGCGACAUCUGAUUCGUCCUCUGAAAACGGACAAGACAACGAUGAAAUAGUUUUGGUCGCCCAAAAGAAAUUAUGGCUGACGAGCGAGAGCUUCAGGGACACGGAAUAAAUGUUUAUUUUUCUUCACAGUUGUCAAUUUUUUUUUUUCAUGAGUUUGAUGAUCUAUAGGGUGCAUCUCGAGAAAUAAUGAGUAAAAAUGGUUAUGUUUCUUAGACGAUGGCAAAAUUUUAUUUUUCUUUUACUUUUGUGUUUUCCUGUUCUAAUUAUUUGGUUUUAGUAGAUGAGCCAUCAACGGGGCUUUUCUAUAUAUAGGACUAUACAUAUAUAUUCCGAAUUGUGUAAUUUUUAUGAAUUUCAGAGCCAUAGAUGUGUUCGUUUAAUUGAUUGUAGGGUGUAUUUGUUUGAGAUUUUUAGUGAUAUUUUGAGACUUUUUAAGA